AUGCUGCUCCGGACCCCACGCGCACGUCGGAUUGCCUGGGACAACGCGAAUCGCACGCAAUGGCGAAGAAUACCGCUGCGAUGCUAUUCUUCAGCCAAUUCGGAGGAUCCGCCAUGGUUCCAAGAGCUGCGCACCGAAAUGUUGCAGCGAGACGUCAUACACCUUCCUGAGUUCAUCGCCACUCCACACGAAUUCAAGCUGUCGCAAAGCAUCACAGGUUUCUUACCUCAAGAAUGGUGCUAUGCCCCCGGUGUGCGUAGUCGCAUGGUGCCGUUUGGCCAUCACUUGAUAUGGUUCAAUCCCGCGGUGCGGACAACCGAAUUACUCCCAGAUGGAACAGACGCGUCGCAGAGCCCGGGCGGGCCGUGGGUUCGGCGCAUGUGGGCUGGCGGCUCGAUACAAGUACGACCCGACGAGUACUACGACCGUAACCGCGGCUUUAGAGUCGAAUUUCCCAUGUCUGGAACGGAGCACAUAAAGCAUGUCCGACUGCAUGGAGAAGGCGACACUGCCAAGAUCUUUGUCACAAUCGAGCGGCGUUUUGCACGGGUGGACACCCUAGGGAGAGCGUACAUCGCGAAGCAUGGCAAACUGGGAAAGAAUGGAGGUAAAAAACUAAAAACUUAUCUCGAGCAGCAGUUGCGCGACGGCGACGAUUGGGGCGACGCCAUCGUGAAGGAGGAGCGUAACCUGGUCUUUUUCAAGGAGCGCACCGCCGCAGAAUUGGACGCAGUCAAGGCCGGGCAGAUGGCCACCGUGAAGUAUUUGCAGCCGCCUGGAAAGCCAGACUUCUCACAUGCCCUCACUCCCGACCGCGCCCUUCUCUUCCGCUUCUCUGCUCUUACCUUCAACGCCCAUCGCAUACACCUCGAUACCGAGUACGCUCGUAACGUCGAAGGCCACCGCAACCUGCUAGUUCACGGUCCUCUUUCCCUGCUCCUCAUGUUGAAAACCAUAGGCCAUCACGUGUAUGCACAGACCGGUGGAAAGCACGAUCUGGAGUCGAUCGAGUACCGCAAUCUAGCGCCGCUAUACUGCGACGAAGAGAUGCGCAUAUGCGGCUUGGAGAAGAAGAAGUUACAACAUGGCAGUAUAUACGAUGUAUGGAUUGAGGGGCCGACUGGAGGUGUUGCUGUCAAGGGCACUGUUUACACCACAGUAAAGAAUACUAAGCCGAAACCACUGGGACCCGGCUCUAGGAGGCCAGACAUUACAGCACUCAAUGCUGCGGCCAAGAAGACGCCAAAAGCGCAAGGCAGCGAUCAAGUUCGCGUCGCAUCAGAGAACAAGCGGCCAUCCCAAGAUCUGCCGGCGCCUUCGGAGCCUACUACAAGUCCUGAGCCUCCUACAAGGUCAGAGUCUACUACAAGCUCGGAGCCUACCACGACUCCUGAGUCCUCGACGGGUUCUGAGCCUGUAUCUCAGCCCCAAGGUGAGACUCCAAACAUAUCUACUCCCAGUGAAACUGCUUCUCAACCAUCAUCUAGAGAAGUAAACCCACCGACCGCACAAACAACAAGCCGAGCGUCCCGCCGCAAGCGCGCCUCCAACACCACGGCCUACAACUUUAUUUCCCUCCCUCCCAACAAAGCACCGUCUGCUCGCGUCGUCGACUCGUACAAGCCAGUGAAACCGACGAUAUCGAUACGUUCGAGGGAAAUCAUACGACGCGCUCGUCGGCGUGCCCCGAAGGAGAUUCACGUCAAGCCUAUACCGCUGGUUCGCAGGUUCGAUGCGACACCGUAUACCCCAGACCCUGUUCGCACGGCUUCGAGACAUAGCAGAUAUUUGAGGGAGGGCGCUAGGAAGAUCGAGAAGCCUAGUGUGCGCUUUGUUGCGGAGCAGCUGUCUGAGCGUGCGGCGCUGAGGAAGAGGAUUGGCUUUAGAUACGUGCAUCGGUGA